AUGGAUAAUCUCUCGCUUCCCACUGAUGAUGAGCUCCUCCCAGUCCUGCGUGAGAUUUGCACCAGCACUACUGAUAUUGGCUGUGCUAAGCUUCUCGACCGUCGCAAUUUAAAUCUUGCACAUAAUAGGCUGGAGAAUAUUGGCCGUCCAAAAACGGAGAAGGAUCGUCUGGCAAUGGCGAUGGCAUGGCCGUUGUGGUGCUUGUUCGACUACUGUUGGGCAGCGGCACAGAUCGCGGGGGUUGAAAAGGAAGAUAUUGGACGACAGUUGGAAGCAGAAUAUGGGGUUAACACGGUUCCAUUUCUACCCUCUCUGCCCACGCCGGCGGAAGUUGAGGAGCGAAAGACAAAAUUCAAGAUAGAGAGCAUGGAGAAGUUGCGGCAUAUGCUCAAAAACCUGGGAAUCCGAACACUUAUCUCCGUCGAUGCGCAUGGAGAGCCUAUUUGGGACGAGGCGAAGCAUGGCGAGUUUUGUGUUCUAGUCAUGAUGGUUGAUAAAGGACGUGGCUUGGAAGACUUUGGCCCAGAUGAACGUUGUUUAUUUCCACAUGGUGGCGUUUUUCCUUUGGGUCUCUUCAGGUCAAAUAUAUUGAUGAAUUGCAGCAUUUAA